UGCCUGCCCAGCUACAGGUUCCCUCAGCCUUUGUAUUACAUAUUCUCACUUCAUCCUCAGCAUAAACUAUACCCGGAAACAGUCCUUCAUCCUUGCUUCCGGACCCUGCCCGUCUUUGCCGCCUUUGCUCCACAACUCCCAAAAGUUUCAGGCGAGCUUCCUACGACGCGCCAUGGCUUCUGAACAACCCCAAACACAGUCGCUACACUCUCCCACUGCGAUUCCUCCACGCACAAGCUCAAAUGGCGUCGUGAACAGCAAUCCAAAUAGGAAUUCUGGCCUUGGAGCUAUCUCCGAAGGAGAAUGGAUGUCGUCCUCAAAGAAGAAACACUUGAGUACAACGAGCAAGCACGGGCGGAAUCGGUCGAGCGUCGAUUGGACAGUGGCAAAGGAUAUUCUCUGGUCUCAGGAGAAGGAUCGUAUUCUUAUGGGCCCAUUCGACUAUUUAACGCAGCAGCCGGGCAAAGAUAUCCGAAAACAAAUGAUCACCGCAUUUGAUGCAUGGCUGAAAGUACCAGAGUCGAGUUUGGCUAUCAUUACAAAAGUGGUGACUAUGCUGCAUACUGCUUCAUUGCUAAUCGACGAUGUCGAAGACUCAUCCACCCUGCGACGAGGCAGCCCUGUAGCGCAUAACAUUUUCGGCACCGCCCAAACUAUUAAUUCCGCCAACUAUGUUUACUUCCUAGCAUUACAAGAGCUCCAGAAACUCAAAAACCCCACAGCCAUCGAUAUUUAUACCGAAGAACUCCUCAACCUACAUCGGGGCCAGGGGAUGGAUCUAUUCUGGCGAGACACGUUGACAUGCCCAACCGAGGAGGAAUAUCUAGAAAUGGUUGAUAACAAAACCGGUGGUUUAUUCCGAUUAGCGGUCAAGCUGAUGCAGGCAGAGAGCGACACCAACAAGGACUGCGUUCCAUUGGUUAAUAUUUUGGGAUUAAUCUUCCAAAUUUGUGACGACUACCUCAACCUGUCGGAUACAACAUAUAGCAAAAAUAAAGGCCUUUGCGAAGACUUGACGGAGGGCAAAUUCUCCUUUCCUAUCAUUCACAGCAUCCGAUCAGAUCCUUCGAACGUCCAGUUAAUCAACAUAUUGAAACAAAAGACCAAGGAUGACGAGGUCAAACUAUAUGCACUGAAAUAUAUGGAGAGCACGAGUAGCUUUGCCUAUACUAGAAAGGUCGUUGGUCAGCUUCGAGACAAAGCUUAUCCUAUGAUCGAUGCAAUGGACGGCGUUCAGGAUGAUCCGAAUGGGAAUCGAGAGGGCCAGCUGGUCCGCGAUAUUUUGGAAAAGAUCAUCGAACUUACGCUUAAGGAUCGUGGCAAAGGGAAAUGACAACUUUGCGUCUUAUGAGGUUCUAUUUAUAGUAUAAAUUUCGGAAUUAUACCCUUAUGGCAUUGUAUUUUUAUUGUUUGUUCAGCAUUUUUAAUGAAAGCAAAUCGCUCGUGUACAUCACUGACUAGCCAAAAAUGUACCUUCCCCGUCAGAAAGUC